AUACAGGCGUUUCUAGAAAAUCCACGCAACACGAAUGCAAAGUGUACACGGGAUUAUUCGCGCAUUCAAACGUAGCGCCUGCAUUUCGUAUAAUUUUGUCAGGUGCACAGAAAAUCUUAGCCUAUACGGUAUAUUACAUAUGCUAUUACAUAUCAGUAGCUCCAGCGCGCUCACCAGGUAAACAAGCCGGAAACGAGGUCAAGAAAAUCGAAAUAUUUCCCCAGCGUAAACCAAAACUGGUGUUAAUAUGGAGGAAUUUAAUAAAAACAAGCGAAGCAUAACAGAACUAAGUGCGGAUGAAAAGAAAGAAGCUGAAAAUAAGGUAGAAACACCGUCAACAUCUGCGAGUACGAGUGCGAAUUCAAGUUCGACUCCACAACAACAGACCAAGACCAGCCCGAAACAGACGAAUGAUGAAGUCAUGCAACCACCGAAGAAAAGGCGAAAAGGGUCAAUUUCUCCAAGUAUAUCACCAUCAAACUCAACAUCGCCAUUGUCGGGGUCAUCGAGCAGGAGAUCCAGAGACAACUCGCCUGCCAUUGACCUUAUUGUUAAUAGUUUAAUCCGUCAGCGGCACCCGGACGGCGUCGUCGGUGGCUCGCCAACACAAACGGAAGGCCAUGGAUCGUCUACGGGAUCGGGACAGGCCUCCGACGUGAUCUCCUACAUACCACCCCCACCUCCGGCUCCGUAUCCAACCUGGCAAAGCCCGCUAAGGGGCGGCACACCACCACAGUCACUGGCACCGACCCGAAGGCAGCAUGCUGGUGUGGAGUCUGGUGUUGGGAUCUUACGAGAUGGUGCAGGCUGGCCAGGGUUUGGGAGUGAAGAAGAGAUGGGGAUGAGCUCCAGUGGAGCAGAGGAAGAUGAAAGGAACAAUAAAUAUUCCGGUUUUGAAUGGCAGUGGGAUGACAAUGCCAAGUCUAAUGCAUGCUGUCUUGCCAAGAUGAAGACUGAAGUGCGGUUUCAUCUGGACUACAGCUGUGGGACUGCAGCAGCCAGGGGGUCAGAGAACAUGAAGGACGGUCAGUUCUUCUGGGAGGUCAAGAUGGUCUCGCCGGUCUAUGGCACAGAUAUGAUGAUAGGUGUUGGUACGCAGCAAGUUGAUCUAAAUCAGUACUCCAGGGCUUUCUGUAGCAUGCUGGGACACGAGCCAAGCAGCGAGAGCUGUGGACUCUCCUACACCGGUCGCUUUCAGAAGGGAGGCAUCGGUCGUAUGUACUGCAGCAAGUUUGGCCAGGGAGCAAUCAUCGGCAUGCACCUGGACAUGUGGUUUGGAACUCUCACCUAUUACAGGAAUGGGAAACAUCUAGGUGUGGCAACCAGGAAUCUACUGGGUAAGACAUGGUAUCCCAUCGUCAGCUCUACAGCAGCCAGAUCCAGCAUGAGAUUAGUAAACACCAAGUCAUUCCCCAGCAACCUUCAGUUCUGGUGCUGCCAGGCCCUCAGGAAAGCCGUCCCGCCCGAACACAACGUUCUGGACGUGGUACCGCUCCCUCCAGGCCUCAAGAACUUUCUGGACGACAACCUGUCAUGGCUGCUCAGGGCGCACGUGGAGUGUAAGACGAAGGAAACGCAGACGGUGCUUAGCAUGAUGUCAAAGAGAUGGAAAGAGAAGAUGGACCCGGAAGAUGAGGAUGUAUGAUGUAAUGCCAUCGAAAACUUCCUUCAAAGAAGAUGAAUUAACCUUUUUGAAACAGAAAUCUAGAGAUGUCUUUAUUAAUCUUGAGAGAACUGCUAGAGUGCAGUAGUCAGUGAGUUUUGUGUCGAUGUGGAGACAAUGCUGAUGUUUUUAACUUGAUCGUGCCAAUGGUUGGUUCACAUUUUCUUGCCAUGGAAUAGAUUUUGAUAUUGUCAACCACAGCAAAUAUUCACUCAGACAUCUUUUGAGCUUUGGCAGCUUUGGUUGGGCCGACAGUAUUCUUAGAGUCGGACACUUGAAACAAGUACAAUGUGUGCUUCACUAAGCAGCUUUCAGCUGAGAGGUAUUGCAAUCAAAUGCCAGAAUUUUAUUGAUUGAUACUGACAUUCUUAAAUUGGCUAAUCAUUUUGAUUAAGCUUUACUCGGAGAAUAUAAUUGAUGGAACUUGAGAUUCACCGUCAAUAGAGGUUAUAUUUAGCUGAUCAUGUUGACUGAAUGGCAUGUGGUCAUACGUAUAUCACUUGGUCAUUAACAUGUGUAUCUAUAUGAAUCUUUUUGAAUAAGCAUUAAUCUAGCCCGCAAAACCUAAUGCAGUGCACUUUUAAAAAGUGUUGUGGACAUGCCUGGAAGAUGUUGACAGUUCCUUGAGGGGAGGGGGGGGGGUGGGUGGGUGGAGGUAUCACAUGUACAUGAGUUCAAUAUGCACUACCCUCAAGUUCUCAUAUUCAGUACUACCAACAAUGAAUAAUAUGUAUACUUUGUGGUGGUAAUUAAAACAACUACAGUAAUAAAACUUCAAAUUUUCUGCUUGAAUUCAGUCAUUACAAAUUUUUCCCCUAAAUAAUAUUGGGCUACAUUCUUCUACACACACUGUACAUACAUGUACAUAAAAUCCCCGGAGGAGGGUGGAAGAUUAUAUGAAUCAAUAUCUAUAAUUGACAAUGUCAACAAAGUCUUUAACACACUGUAUAUGGAGUCGAAUGCAAGAGUGUAAUCUGGGGAUUUAUUUAUUUCUUUCCGGCCAGUGCUUGUUGACAUUUGAAAUCGACGUACAAGUGGUUUGCGUGCAAUGGAGAUUUUUAACUCUUUGUAAUAUUUUUAUAACUCUGUACAUUUAUGAUUUAUUUUUAAUGUAAUUUAAUCGGUAUAUUUCCCUGACAAUACGAGGCCCCAAUGAAUGAAAGAAAAAAAAAAGGAAAGAAAGAAAAUGGAAUAAAAAUCGAAAAAUUUUAAGGCGUUGAUUGAGACAAAAUAGGAAAGCUAGUAGAUAAACUUUCUUGUGAGGGCUUGAGACCAGGUAAGGUUUAAAAAGUGGUCAAAGUCCUUUCAUAUUUUAUGUGUGCAAAUGUUUAUCUUUUAUUCUGUUUAUACAAAAUGGUAGGUAGUGUAUCCUUUCUCAUUAUUUUUAAAGAUAUUUUGAAUGUUUUUAAUAUCCAUCCAAAGCGUAAAAAGUGAAUAUAUGGCAAUUAUUUUGCACUACAAUUUAAUAUCAAAUGUGUACAUCUAACAUGUUUACUUCAGAUGAACAAUUUAAUACUAACACCAGCAAACAAAGCAGCUUUGUAUAUGUGGUACGCUGCAAAACAAAGAUGACAGGAUCAUUUUU